CCGCCCUUCCAGCGCUCUCAGCCUGUUGCUGCCAAACCAGCUGGCAUUUUCAAAUCAUAUCCUGACCCAUGACUGCGUAGUCGAAACCUUGACCUUUAAACUCAGGUUUAUUGUCUUUAAUUAAUUUUCAGGACAGAGAUCAAGAGUUCGAAACAGACAUGCGGACCACGGAGAAACUCUCAAGAACUUUUCCAUGUGGAAGUUCACACCUCCCACUCUGCAGCCUGUGAUUUAAUUUAACCUGCUUUUUUUUUUUUUGAGCAACUUUAAUCAGUUUAGUCUACCUUCAUGCAUCAUGCCAAAUUGCAGCAGCACAUGACGUAGAAGUUGGUUCACGACUUGGUGAAGUUGCUGGGGAAAGUUGUUCACGGAGCUCCUGUGUCGGGGUCUCCUCACCUGAUUUGCACGCCCCUCCCAGCCAGUGCAGAGCAUUUUCCGCGGCCCCCAACGGCGGCCAGGAUGGGGACACCGGGAGAUCUGCCUGUUUGGAAAGCCGCGAUUUUCCUCUUUAACGUAAUCUCAGCUGCUGUGGCCAAAAGACACGUCGUGUAUUGGAAUUCUACAAACACAAGGUUAACGGCGGGAGAUAUGUCCGUCCAGAUGAAUCUGAAUGACUACCUGGACAUUUACUGCCCACAUUACCCCAACAAGGGGUCGCAGGGCCCCGGGCAGCCGGAGACGCUGGCCCUCUACCUGGUGGGAGAGGGCACUUUCCAGGGCUGCGUGGAGACCAGAGAGGCCAUCAAGAGGUGGGAGUGUAACACCCCCUACGCUCCGUUUGGACCAGUGCGCUUCUCUGAGAAGAUCCAAAGGUUCACCCCCUUCUCGCUGGGGUUUGAGUUUCUGCCAGGGCACAACUACUACUACAGCUCGCUACCCGCAGAUGAAGGCCCUCCUCUGCCAUGUAUGAAGUUGCGUGUCACCGUGUGCUGUAAGCCCACAUCAGAGGGGUCAAUAGAAAAAGAAGGUCAUAGUAAGAGUCUUUCAGAUACUGUAAGAAGUGUCUGCUCACUGAGGACAGCUUCACCUCCACUCCUCCUCACCCUCGUCCUCCUCCUGCUGACGACCUGACCUCCUCGUCCGUCCUCACCGCUGACCUCGCACCUGUCCCCCACCGUACCGGGUCAAGUACACAAUGCAAUCUACGCUCAAGACAAUGAAUGACGCAAUGCGAUCUAUGCUAAAUUACUGCAAAAUGACAUGUUACCUUGUGGCUGUGAGAUUCCAGAAAGAAUCUGUGUGUCUUCUCCAGAACGGGGGCGACCGUGACUCAGGGACCGACACGCCGAAUCCCAGUGAUUAAUUUCUUGCUGUUUUUUUCUCGCACCAGUUGUGUAAGUAGUAACAGAGAAUAUUACACAUAGAGCUAGGCCUAGUCAUAAGACUCAUAUCCCACUCUGAUGCCAGAAGAACAAUGAGUCUGUCAGGAAUUGUUCCAACCAAGUUUCCUCACUUUUCAUCUCUUUUCCUCGUUCCGUUUCUCAUUUUCUACUUUAUUGUGUUGUAUUUACCUUUUUUAGAGAACCUGCCUCAUGUUGUAAAGUGGCCAAAUAAACACAUACUACUGUACUGAGUACUCAGGUUGGAAGUCAAUCAGUUAGCUGGUGACAUUUUUCCUUCACUUUACAUGGUUAGAUAUAAAUAACUGACACAUUUUAACAACGUCUUUUGCAUCUGAUUAAGAUACAUUUGUUGAACUUUUUGAACUAAUUAGACUUUUGGAAAUAAAGGUAUGUUCUGGAGGAAAUGGGGAAUAUUCUGGAACAGUCAACUAGGGCUGCUGCGCCCCCUACUGGGAUUAAACUGGUUUAACUGGAGUUGGACUGGGUUGGCCAUAAACUCAGAAACUGGACACUAGAUUGUGGUGCUGUAUGGUAUCAAUGGACCUGGGACAGAGUUUGUCCUCUCUGAUUGGACCUCCUGUUGUUCUGCCUCCCCAAGCCCUCUCUCCGCUUCAGAAAAAAAGCACAGAACAGAGGGUUUUGUGGGUAAGCGGGGAGAGCAUGAGCUCGCCUCGCUCCACUGAACACACCGGGGACUACUGAUGAGGCUGAUUGGUUGACGCUCCUUGUGAACAACAAGGUGUGCAGAUAUGCACACAAGCUUUUUGUUGUUGUUUUUUUUUGUUUUCUGUUUUUUUUCCACGCAGGAUCCUUGAUUUUUGGUUUAAGGGUUAUAGUUAAUAUAUUCUGCAAAAUUAAGAUAUAUUAACUACAUAAUUCAAUGUUUGUGUGUAAAAACUGAUCUCUGAUAUUUAAGUGCAACAUACUUUCUUGCAUACACAAACAAUGAUUUAUAUUCUGGAUGUAUUUACUGACAUUUUCAAUAUGCUUUGCUACAAUGAAGUUUCACAAGUUAAAUGAUUUAAUGAUUUCUUUUGGCCAAAUAUUUUUUAAAUAAAUAUUUUUAAUUGACUGUCAUAGAUUAAUAAAGAUAUAUCAUAAUUAAUUAACAAUUAAUUUUAUUUGAUAUUUUAAUUAGAGAUAUUGCAGUUGUGUAUUUUUCAUUGAAAUUGAAUGAAUUUUAUAUAUUUAUAAAUGUUCCUAAUUAUUUCCCCACAAUAUUUGAGUGACUAGAGCUCAGAAAAUCUAUAGGUGUAUUGUUUAAUUCAUUAAAAAGUUUAUUCUAUCUUAAAAAAAAAAAAGAAAACUACAUUGUUAGCACUUAAUAUAUUUUUCGUCAU